CUAAUUACAAACACCCACUCUUGCCCUGAAGACACAGAGGAGGAUACAGCAGGAAUGUGACUGAGGAGUAGCGCGUGUGAGCAUCAUCUGAAAACAUCCACCUGGAGGAGGACUCUCUGGGGCUGCAGCAGCGUUUUGACAGGCCAGUGUGUGCUGCUGGCCGGGGGAUGCCAGGCAGACGGAGAGAGGAGGCCUGAACACGAUGACCAGCCAGGACAAGUGGGUCACGCUGACCCCGGCCGAAUUCUCCCUGCUGCAGGAGUACGCUCAGUACUCGACCAAGAAGCUGAAAGAUGUGCUGCAGGAGUUCCACGGCGACGGCGUGCUGGCCAAAUACAAUCCAGAGGAGAAGCAGGAAAUCCUCAGCCAGGAGAUUGACUUUGAGGGCUUCAAGGUCUUUAUGCAGACGUUCUUGGAGAGCGAACUGCCCGAGGAGUUCUGUCAACAUCUCUUCCUGUCGUUUAGCAACAAGGGGCCCAAACCCAGUCCGUCAUCGUCUGACAAACCCAAAGUCUCUGGGCUCAAGCUGAUCAAAGGCAACUCGACCCCUCUGAAGGUGCCCGCGCCGCCCAGGCCUCUGGACACGGUGCAGCUCAAAGACAUCGUGUGUUACCUCUCGCUGCUGGAGGGCGGACGUCCCGAGGACAAACUGGAGUUUAUGUUUCGCCUCUAUGACACCGAUGGGAAUGGCUCUUUGGACAGCUCGGAGCUGGAACACAUUAUCUCCCAGAUGAUGCAUGUGGCUGAGUACCUGGAAUGGGACGUGACAGAACUGAAACCAAUCCUCCAGGAAAUGAUGCAGGAGAUCGACUACGACCGCGACGGCACGGUGUCACUGGAGGAGUGGAUCCAGGGCGGCAUGACCACCAUCCCCCUGCUGGUGCUGCUGGGCCUGGAGACGAAUGUGAAGGACGACGGGCACCACGUGUGGAGGCUGAAGCACUUCAACAAGCCGGCCUACUGCAACCUGUGUCUCAACAUGCUGAUCGGCCUGGGCAAGCAGGGCCUCUGCUGCUCCUUCUGCAAGUACACCGUCCACGAGCGCUGUGUGGCCCGCGCGCCUCCGUCUUGUAUCAAAACCUACGUCAAGUCCAAGAAAAACACAGAGGUAAUGCAUCAUUUCUGGGUGGAGGGGAACUGCCCCACCAAGUGUGACAAGUGUCACAAAACCAUUAAGUGUUACCAGGGCCUGACUGGGCUGCACUGUGUGUGGUGCCAAAUCACGCUCCACAACAAGUGUGCCUCCCAUGUGAAACCUGAGUGUGACUGCGGACCCCUGAAGGAUCACAUCCUGCCCCCCAACACGAUCUGCCCCGUCGUUCUGGAGAGGCAGUCGACUGUGAGGAAAGACUCCAGGUCCAGCCAGUCGAGCCGAGGGAAGAUGCAGAGAGCCAACUCAGUCACAGUGGACGGCCAAGGCCUGCAGAUCACAACAAUAGAGGGCACUCAUCCUCUGCUAGUGUUUGUCAAUCCGAAGAGCGGGGGGAAGCAGGGAGAAAGGAUUUACAGAAAGUUCCAGUAUCUUCUGAACCCGAGGCAAGUGUACAACCUGGCCAAGAACGGACCCAUGCCGGGGUUGAACUUCUUCAGAGACGUUGCUGAUUUCAGAGUGCUGGCCUGCGGAGGCGACGGCACCGUGGGCUGGAUCCUGGACUUCAUAGAUAAGGCCAACCUGGACAGGAACCCCCCGGUGUGUGUACUUCCUCUUGGCACCGGCAACGACCUGGCAAGAUGUCUGCGCUGGGGAGGAGGCUACGAGGGCGAGAGCCUGCUGAAGAUCCUGCGGGACAUCGAGAACAGCAGCGAGGUGAUGCUGGACCGCUGGAAGAUUGACGUCACGCCCACAGACAAGGAGGAGCGCGGCGACCCGGUGCCUUACAGCAUCAUCAACAACUACUUCUCCAUCGGCGUGGACGCCUCCAUCGCACAUCGCUUCCACAUCAUGCGGGAGAAGCACCCUGAGCGGUUUAACAGCAGAACAAAGAAUAAACUGUGGUACUUUGAGUUUGGCACUUCGGAGACCUUCUCGGCCACAUGUAAGAAGCUCCACGACUUUCUGGAGGUUGAGUGCGACGGCAUCACUCUGGACCUCAGCAGCAUCUCCUUGGAAGGCAUCGCCAUCCUCAACAUUCCCAGCAUGCACGGCGGCUCCAACCUGUGGGGGGAGAGCAAGAAGAGGAGGGGGAAUCGGAAGGCGGGGAAAAAGGCCCAGGACAAGAGGACGACGGUGGUGGACCCCAAAGAGCUCAUGUUCGCCGUUCAAGACCUGUCGGACCAGCUGCUGGAGGUGGUGGGUCUGGAGGGAGCCAUGGAGAUGGGUCAGAUCUACACGGGCCUGAAGAGCGCGGGGAGACGCCUGGCGCAGUGCUCCUCUGUAACCAUCAGAACCACCAAAUCCCUUCCGAUGCAGAUUGAUGGCGAGCCGUGGAUGCAGACCCCCUGCACCAUCGAGAUUGUCCACAAGAACCAGGCUCCCAUGCUGAUGGGACCGCCGCAAGGCAGCAGCUUCUUCUCCUCAGUCAUCCGACGAACGCGCAGCGAGAGCAAAGACUGA